AUACAGCGUGGUAUAUCUUUCGCCGGGAAAUGAUUUCGUCUUCUUUCGUCAACUAUGGAUAUUCGAUUCAAGCUUCCAUGUUCUAAAUCUAAAAUUGAUCGCAAAUUCUACUGCUAGGUUCGAAAUUUUACGAAUUUCUUUUAUCUUCGGUAAUGUAACUCUUGAGUUUACAUGUAAGAGUGACACAUUUUGAGUCUGUUGUGAGCAUGGAUAUGCAUGCACAUAUGUCAGGUCAAAUCUCAGGGCAGCUACCCAAUCAAGGUAGUUCACAGUUGUCUGGGCUAUCGCAGCACAAUGGAGGUUCUCUUCCUAAUCAGAUUCAGAACAUGGGUGGUCGUAGUACAACGACUAUGGAUCCAGAAGAAGUUAAAGUUCGCAGAGCUAUGCUAGAGAAGAUCUAUCAACUGGUAACGCAGCGACACCAUUCAAAUCAGGAGCUACAAUCCAAGAAGGUGAUUGAUAUUGUAAAACGAUUGGAGGAGGGUCUAUACAGAAAUGCCACUACAAAGGAGGAUUAUAUGAACAUGGAAACACUGGAGAGUCGUUUGCAUGCCUUGAUUAAACGUCCUCCUUUGAGUAAUCAUAAUCAGCAAUAUUCGCAUGCUGUAAAUUCUUCUUCGUCUUCUUCUUCUUCUGUUGGAAUGAUGAUCCCGACUCCUGUCAUGCCUCAAAGCAGCAAUCCAAACAUGAUGGUAACACCAUCCAUGGAUUCUUCCUUGAUUGGUUCCAAUGGAGGCAAUGUCAUUGGUUCAUCUGUUGUCAACAAUGGAAAUGUAUUAUCAUCUGGGCCUUUGUCUAAUGUUUAUCAACAGUCAACCUCAAAAUUUUCCAUGAAUCCUGGUGGGAACAUGUUGCAGUCUACUAGUGUACAAAGAAUGUCAAGCCAGAUGAUACCUACACCAGGAUUUAAUAAUAACAAUAAUCAGUCAUCUGUGAAAAUGGAUUCUCCCAAUGGUGCUGGUGGGUUUUCAAAUGCUGAGCCUACAAUGAUGUCACAAUCAGUACAACAAAAACAUGUUGGUGGGCAGAACAGCCGUAUACUGCACAAUCUCGGCAGCCAUUUUGGUGGUGGUGGUAUGAUUUCUGUGCCACUGAAAUCCUAUGGGUUCCCUAAUGGAGCUUUAGCUGGUGGCUUUGGUACAGUAGGAAAUAAUAUGCAUCUAGCCAAUGCUUCCGGAAGUUCUGAGGGCUACUCAAAUGCCACACCUUAUGGUUCUUUGCCUAAGCCGUUGCAACAACACUAUGAUCAAACUCAAAGGACAAUGAUGCUAGGUGAUGGAAAUGGGGUUGAUGUUGCACAUUCAUCUGGGUCAACUAGCCUUUAUGGUUCUAUGUCAAAUGAUGCCUCAAUGAUGAACAAUCACAAUUUGAAUCCAGCAACUUUGCCACCAGUUUCCAUGACAAGUCAAUCCAAUUUGCAAACUCUUCAGCAGUCUGCAAAAAAUAAUUCAAUUGAGCAAUCAGAAAAGAUGACUUUCCAUUCCCGGCAGACUAUACAUGAUAACAUCUUGCAAUCUCAGCAACAACAACAAUUUCAGCAGCAGCUUAAUCAGUUACAACAACAACAAUUUAUUCCACACCAACAGCAGAGGCAACAAAAGCAGCAACAAAUUUUGUUGAGAAGUGAUAGUUUUGGCCAAUCUCAUCUAGCAUCUAACGUAGGGAGUCAACUAAAGCCUGAGUCAGGGUUGGGGUUCGUUGAUGAUAUUCUGCAACCGAGAGGUUCUAACCAGUUUCAGCAUUUUGAUAUGCAGAGCCAACUCCAGCAUGGUCUUUCUGAAGAUUAUGCCAGAGGCUCUCAGUUCCUUUCACUCCCAUCUGCCUCACAAGAUAUAUGCUCAUCUAUGGGUCAAACUGCAUUACAGAUGCAACAAGUCCUGCAGCCACAGCAAUUGGUCGUUAACUCUCAGAAUGAUUUUAGUGCCCUUUCAAAUGGAUUGCAGUCAGAUGUUUUACUACCUGGGCAAUGGCAAUCCAGGUCUGAAGAAGGUUCUCUUAUACCUAAUAAUUUGUCACAAGAGCAAAAUGUCCAAGAAGAAUUCCGUAGAAGGAUAAUUGGUCAAGGUGAAGCUCAACGCAAUUAUAUAGCUUCAGAAGGAAAUCAAAGUCUAGCUACUAGAACGGUAGAUCCUCCUAACUCAGUUAAGGCCACGUGUCAAGCUGGUAAUCUAAACCGUGAUCGUGAUUUUAAGAACCAGCAGAAAUGGCUAUUGUUUCUGAGGCAUGCUCGUGGAUGCAAGGCUCCAGAAGGGAAAUGCCUUGAAGUACACUGCAUAGUGGGUCAGAAACUCUGUAGGCACAUGGCCUUGUGCAACAUUUCUCAAUGUACUUUUCCUCGUUGCUUUAUGACCAAGAAGUUGAUCGACCAUAACAAACAGUGCAGGGACCCAGCUUGUCCUGUUUGUAUUCCGGUCAGGAAAUUUUUGGAAAUGCACCUGAAAGCUCGUGCACAUCCAGGCAUGAAUUCUGAAAUGCAACAUUCAGUUGGUGGACCUCUCAAAUUCUCUAGUGGUGGAAACACUACAACUAAUCCACUUCUCAAGCCAAGUCAACAUUUUGUUGAUGCUUCAGAAGAUAGACAGCCUUCUAUAAAACGUAUAAAGGCUGAGCAGGCAACUCAGAUGCUUAAUUCAGAAGGUGAAAGUUUUGUUGCAUCAGGACCUUUUCAUGGAGACUCUCAUGCAAAACAGGGUCUUGAUCAUUCAACUGGUGAUAUUUGCAUGCUAGUCAAACCUGACUUGUCUAGAGUGAAGAUAGAAAUUCCUGCUAAAGCUGGGCAGGUUAGCUUAGCUCUUAAUGAGACAGUGAAGGAUAUCAUGAUGGAAGAUAUGUUCUGCCCAAAGCCCAUCGGUGAUCCUGUUACAAUAAAUAGUCCUGUUCAGCCUGCUGAAGAAGAAAACAUUCAAUGUGAGAAAGAGGUGGAUCAACCAAAAAAAGAGAAUGUAUCUUUGCCUACUGAAGAUACGGUCGCAACAAAAUCUGGGAAGCCAAAGAUAAAGGCAGUAUCAUUGAUGGAACUCUUUACACCAGAACAAGUUAGGGAGCAUAUAAGAGGACUCAGGCGAUGGGUUGGCCAGAGCAAAGCGAAGGCAGAAAAGAAUCAAGCAUUGGGGCACUCUAUGAGUGAGAACUCUUGUCAGUUGUGUGCAAUUGAGAGGCUUACCUUUGAGCCACCUCCUAUGUAUUGUACGCCUUGUGGUGCUCGUAUUAAGAGAAAUGCAAUGUACUACAUAGGGGCUGGGGAUACACGCCACUUUUUCUGCACUGCUUGCUAUAAUGAAUCCCGUGGGGACACCAUUGUAGCUGAUGGAAUGACUAUUCCUAAGUCAAAAAUGGAGAAGAAGAAAAAUGAUGAAGAGACGGAAGAAUGGUGGGUUCAAUGUGAUUACUGUGAAGCAUGGCAACAUCAAAUCUGUGGACUAUUUAAUGGUCGUAGAAAUGAUGGCGGGCAAGCUGAAUACACUUGCCCUCGUUGCUACAUAAAAGAAGUUGAAAGGGGAGAACGUUUGCCAUUACCUGAGUCUGCUGUUCUAGGCGCAAAAGAUUUGCCAAGGACAAUCCUUAGUGACCAUAUAGAACAGAGGUUAUUUAAACGGCUGAAGCACGAAAGGAUGGAGAGGGCAAAGUUCCAAGGGAAAAGUUAUGAUGAGGUUCCUGGUGCUGAAGCACUAGUAGUCAGAGUGGUCUCAUCAGUUGAUAAAAAGUUGGAAGUGAAGCCACGCUUUCUUGAAAUUUUUGGAGAAGAAAAUUACCCAACAGAAUUCCCCUACAAAUCCAAGGUCGUACUGUUGUUUCAGAAAAUUGAAGGGGUUGAAGUAUGCCUUUUUGGCAUGUAUGUUCAGGAAUUUGGAUCUGAGUGUGACCAACCUAAUCACCGCCGUGUAUAUCUUUCGUAUCUGGAUUCUGUUAAGUAUUUCAGGCCGGAGGUCAGAGCAGUAACAGGGGAGGCCCUUCGUACAUUUGUUUACCAUGAAAUUCUUAUCGGGUAUCUAGAAUAUUGCAAGAAACGUGGUUUCACAAGUUGCUAUAUCUGGGCAUGCCCUCCAUUAAAGGGUGAAGAUUAUAUUUUAUACUGCCAUCCUGAAAUUCAGAAAACACCAAAAUCUGAUAAACUGAGGGAAUGGUACUUGUCCAUGUUGAAAAAAGCAAUGAAGGAAAAUAUUGUGGUUGAACUCACUAAUUUAUAUGAGCAUUUCUUUGUUACAACUGGUGAAUGCAAGGCUAGAGUUACCGCAUCCAGGUUACCAUACUUUGAUGGAGACUAUUGGCCUGGUGCUGCAGAGGAUAUGAUCUACCAGAUUCGUCAAGAAGAGGAUGGAAAAAAGUUACAUAAGAAAGGAAUAACCAAGAAGAUCAUAACAAAAAGAGCUCUGAAAGCAUCUGGACAGACUGAUCUUUCUUCCAAUGCAUCAAAAGAUUUGAUACUAAUGCAUAAACUUGGUGAAACAAUUUCUCCAAUGAAGGAAGACUUUAUCAUGGUUCAUUUGCAGCACUCAUGCUCGCAUUGUUGCAUAUUAAUGGUAGAUGGGAACCGAUGGGUUUGCAAUCAAUGCAAAAAAUUUCAGAUUUGUGAUGAAUGCUAUGAAGCUGAGCAAAAACGAGAAGAUAGAGAGAGGCAUCCCAUCCACCAUAGGGACAAACAUAUACUUCAACCAAUUGAAAUAACUGAUGUAACUGAAGAUACUACUGAUAAAGAUGAGAAUCUAGAGAGUGAAUUCUUUGAUACGAGACAGGCUUUUUUGAGUCUUUGCCAAGGAAACCACUAUCAGUAUGAUACUUUGCGGCGGGCCAAACAUUCCUCAAUGAUGGCCCUUUACCAUCUUCACAAUCCUACAGCCCCUGCUUUUGUUACAACAUGUAAUGUGUGUUCACUUGAUAUAGAAGCCGGUCAGGGCUGGCGCUGUGAGGUUUGCCCUGAAUAUGAUGUGUGCAAUGCUUGUUAUCUAAAGGGUGGAAUAAAUCAUGCCCAUAAGUUAACUAAUAAUCCAUCUAUGGCUGACCGUGAUGCACAAAGCACAGAGGCUAGGGAACAACGUGUCUUGCAGCUAAGGAAAAUGCUUGAGCUUUUGGUGCAUGCAUCUCAAUGCCGCUCCUUACAUUGCCAAUAUCCAAAUUGCCGAAAAGUGAAAGGACUUUUUCGACAUGGGAUACAAUGCAAAGUACGCGCUGGUGGUGGUUGCUUACUCUGUAAAAGGAUGUGGUACUUGCUUCAACUUCAUGCCCGUGCCUGCAAAGUUUCGGAAUGCCAUGUACCCCGCUGCAGAGAUUUGAGAGCCCAUUUUAAGAGGUCACAACAACAAUCAGAUUCCCGAAGAAGGGCUGCUGUGAUGGAGAUGAUGAGGCAACGGAAGGCUGAGGUUGAUGGAAGCUCUUGAUGAAUUAUUUGUACAUAUAUACAAUGGUUGUUUUAGAUGAAGGUAUCUUUUUGUUGGGGGCUAAAGAAAUAACGGGGCGGAGAUGUGAAUAAACUAAGGUCAUGGGUAUUUUAAUUUCUCUAAUGUGUUACCUGGGCUAGGGCUAGAGAAAUUCUUUCAUUCUUAUCUCCUAGAGCUUGACGUCGUCUUUCUAGGUGUAAGAAUUCCAGCAAAAGUCUUUGCUUGCCCAUGGGUAUUGUGAUUCUUUGAGUUAUAUUAAGGAUUGUGGAAGGUGGUAAGCAAAUUAACUAUUGACCGACUAUAUUGGGAUCAAACUGAUCCUCCCCCACUUAAGGUGGUGUAAAAAAAAUGUAGGCAAUGAAAAGGGGCUUCUUCUUCUU